UAUGUACAGGAGGCUCUGUCCUCUGAAAACCCUUACAAAUGCUUGGAGUGCGGUAAAAGCUUUACUCAGAAUAGGACUCCCAUGACUCAUGGAACAGUCGAUGCAGGAGGAGCAGCUCUACCAGUGCUCCCAAUGUGGCAAAAGAUUUAGCAUGCACACCAAUCUGGUGACGACUCACACUGGGGAGAAAAUCUUCAAAUGUCCUGAUUGUGUGAAAAGUUUCACUUGGAAUUCUGACCUGAUUAUACGCCAGAGACAGAAAACAUAUGAGUGUCCGGAUUGUGGGAAAAGGUUCAGUCAGAAUUCCACCCUGCUGAUACACAAGAGGGCUCACACAGGAGAGAAAUCAUAUGAAUGCCAAGAUUGUGGGAAAAGUUUCAGUUGGAAUUCUCUCCUGGUAGAACAUCACAGAACUCACACAGGAGAGAAACCAUACGAGUGUCCUGAUUGUGGGAAAGAUUUCUCUCGGAAAUCUGACCUGGUGAAACAUCAGAGGACUCACACAGGAGAGAAACCAUAUGAGUGUUCAGAUUGUGGAAAAGGUUUCAAGGGGAAUUCUGACCUGGUGAUACACCAAAGGAUUCACACAGGUGAAAAACCGUAUGUGUGUCUGCAGUGUGGGAAAAGAUUCAGUCAAAGUUUCCACCUUGUGCGACAUCACAGGAUUCACACAGGAGAGAAACCAUAUAAGUGUCCAAACUGUGGGAAAAGUUUCAGUCAGAAUUCUGACCUGGUGAUACACCAGAGGAUUCAUACGCAAGAGAAACCGUAUGAGUGUUCAGAUUGUGGGAAAGGUUUCAGCUGCAAUUCUGACAUGGUGAAACAUCAGAGAACUCACACAGCAGAGAAACCAUAUAACUGCUCUGAUUGUGGGAAAAGUUUCAGUCAGAAUUCCUACCUGAUGAAACACCAGAAGACUCACACAGGGAAAAAACCAUAUAAAUGUCAUGAUUGUGGAAAAAGUUUCAGUCAAAAUUCCUACCUGGUGAAACACCAGAGGACUCACACAGAAGAGAAAGCGUUUGAGUGUCCAGAAUGUGGGGAACAUUUCAGUUGCAAGUCUCAAUUAAUGAAGCACCAGAAGACUCACAGAGCAGAGAGACUGUAUGAGUGUCCAGAUUGUGGGAAAAGUUUCACUCAAAAUUCCAAGCUGUUGAGACACCAGAGAACUCACACAGGAGAGAAACCACAUAAGUGUCUGCAUUGUGGGAAAAAUUUCAGUCAGAAUUCCAACCUGAUGAUACACCAGAAAACUCACACAGGAGAAAAACCGUAUCAGUGUCCAGAUUGUGGGAAAAGUUUCAGUCAGAAUUCCUACCUGAUGAUACACCAGAAAACUCACACUGGAGAAAAACCAUAUCAGUGUCCAGAUUGUGGGAAAAAAUUCUGUCAUAAUUCCUACUUGGUGAAACACCAGAGGACUCACACUCGAGAGAAACCAUUUGAGUGUCUUGAAUGUGGAAAAUGUUUUACUUGGAAUUCCCAUUUGGUGAUACACCGGAGGACUCACACUGGAGAGAAACCAUUUGAGUGUCCAGAUUGUGGGAAAGAUUUCAGUAGUAGGUCUAACCUUAUAAAUCAUGUAAGGUUACACAUAGGGGAGUAACCAUUCAAAUAGCUGGAUUCCAGACAGUGCAUCACACAACGUUCCUCCCUUAUCACACAAGAAAUUCCACAUGAGGCAACAUUUGAUGUGUGUAGACUAAUCUUGAAUUUUGUUCGUUGUCUCUCAUUGAAAACCCAGCUGAACAAUUUAACAUUGAAUUACUUGCAUGAUUGUCUUUAGGAAACGUCUUAGUAUCAAACAUGAGAGAGGAAUAGAAUUGAAUAACAAAGUUGGAAGAGACUUUGUAUGUCAUCUAGUCGAACCCCCUGCUCAAAAUCACUGCAGGAUUAGCGGCAUAUUAAGUUAAUAAAUAUAAGCAAACAUCUGGUUCAGAAUAAAGUUUUCUGAUGAGCAGGCAUCUCUUCUUAUCCCAGUACUUAGGGAAAAAAAAUAGGUAUUCUUUGCUUUACAGAAGACUAGGAGGAUAAAGGCCUCCAAACUUAAGGGCCUCUGGUGGCUCAGCAGACUAAGUCUGUUGUUAUUAACACAGCUGCUUGCAGUUACUGCAAGUUCAAGUCCCACCAGGCCCAAGGUUGACUCAGCCUUCCAUCCUUUAUAAAGUAGGUAAAAUGAGGACCCAGAUUGUUGGGGGCAAUAAAAGUUGACUUUGUAUAUAAUAUACAAAUAGGAUGAAGACUAUUGCUUGACACAAUGUAAGCCGCCCUGAGUCUUUGGAGAAGGGUGGGAUAUAAAUUCAAAUAAAUAAAAAAAAGGGAAAGGUUUUUCAUAGGGCAGGAUCUGCCAUGGAAAAGAUUCACUUACUACCUCAGAUGGCGUGGGGGAUGGCAGUCGUGCUCUUCCCAGGGCCAAAGCAGCGGCUAAAAGGUGGAUUGAGAUCAGGUUAGAGAAGAAAUCAGGAGCAAGUAGAGCUGCCUGGCUUUGUCUACGGUGUAAAAGCAGAGAAGGAGCUAGGCUGCUAUAUAUUCCUUCCCACCCCAGAUUUUAUUCCACCUGUGCUGACUUUAAAACUGGUACUUACAAUUUUCUUCUACUAGUUGGAAAAAGUCUCCUAUAGCUUAUGAUUGAUUCCUUGGGGGUUUUAUGGACAUGUUUUCUUGGCAACAAUAUGGGACUGAUCUGUCACUGGUCUCUCUUGGGAUUUUACUUUCUUUUAUUUCCAUGUUUAGCUCACAAGCACUUUAUUAUUUCGACAUAUAAUAAAGGCAGGAUAGAAAUAGCUAUGCAUGUACGUAUUUUUGAUUUAUUAAGAAAAAUGUACAUGGCAGCCCAACUCAAGGUGACUCCAGGCAGUUACAGCAAUAAAACUCUAAUACAGAAUACUGCAAAUGGCAAAAUGCAGAGCCAUAUACAGAAACCAAAAAAAAAACACUGUGUAAUCAAUCAGAAUAGAGCAGGAAGGCACUUUUGAGGUCUUCUAGUCCAGGGGUCUCCAACCUUGGCAACUUUAAGGCUUGUGGACUUCAACUUCCAGAAUACCUCAGCCAGCUUUCUGAGAGUUGAAGUCCACAAGUCUUAAAUUUGUCAAGGUUGGAGACCCCUGUUCUAGUCCAACCCAUUUCAGACAAUUGGCUGUCCAGUCUCUUCUUAAAAACCUCCAGUGAUGAAGCACUUGCAACUUCUGAAGGCAAAGCUGUUCCACUGGUUAAUUGUCCUUACUUUUAGGAAGUUUCUCCUUAAUUCCAGAUUGCUUCUCUCCUUGAUUUGUUUCCAUCCAUUGUUUCUUGUCCUGUCCUCUGGCGCUUUGGAAAAUAAGUGGGCCCCCUCCUCUUUGUUGCAACCUCUCAAAUACUGAAAUACUGCUAUCGUGUCUCCCCUAGUCCUUUUCUCUAGCCAAGCCAAAAUCCUCCAACCUUUCUUCAUAUGUUUUACUCUCCAGGCCUUUAGUCAUCUUACUUGCUCUUCUUUGCACUUUUCCCCAAAGUCUCAACAACUUUUUUGUAAUGAGGUAACAAAAACUGGAUUCAAUAUUCUGUUUUUUAAAAAAAAAUAUUAAAUAAACAAUAAAACAAUGGACACAAUGCGACCAUCCUGGCUUUGUCACUUCCAUACAUAUUUUAACAUUAACUACAGAUACAAUUUCCACUCAUCUACAUUGUUACUUUGGUAUUAUAAACAUAUCCCUUAUCCUCAUUUGAAUAUUUGUCUAAGUAUUGUCCAAUUUCAGUUCUACGAAUCCUCAAUAUUUUCUGUUUUGACUCCUUUUCCUUGUUUCCAAGCAUUGAUACAUUUUGUUCCAAAUUUUUAAUAUGCUAUCUAACCUUUAUUUUUAAGUUCCAGUGUUAGUCUGUCCAUUUCUGCACAAGCCAUUAUUUUCUUUAUUAUAUCUUCUUCAGAGGGGGCAGCCUUGUUUUUCCAAUUUUGCGCGCAUACCAAUCUUGCUGCUGUUAUGACAUGCAGCAUUAAAUAUAUCACUUCUUUACUAUAUUUCUUUUAUAAUUCCUAAUAGGAAUAGUUCUGGUUUCAAAUCUAUCUUUUGGUCUAGCAUCUGUUCCAACCUUGUCUUUAUCUGACGCCAAAAUUCCCUGGCUUUCAUACAUGACCACCACAUAUGAUAAAAUGAUCCUAGCGCUGAGUUACAUUUCCAACACUGCGGUGAUAAAUUCUUGUUCAUUUUUGCUAAGAUGCCACCUGUAAAACAUUUUGUAUAAGUUUUCUUUGUACGCAAAGAUGCAAUAUUCCACGUGUGGCCUUACUAAGGUUUUAUCAAGCGGUACUAAUACUUCACAGGAUUUUGAUUCUAUGCCUCUGUAUAUACAACCAAGGAUUGUAUUAGCUAGUUUGGCUGCUGAUGCAUACUGCAAAAUGCAAAGCCACCACAUUUAACAUGUACUUACUCUGCAAGUAUGGGGCACUUCUAGGAAAUGGCCACUAAAUGAAGUUUUGUAAGUCAAGGACUUACCUGUACAUAAUUGGGUAUCGGGAUGGAUGGCCCCUGCUAGCGGUUUCACGUACAUGUUGAAAAGGAGCGGAGAAUGCUUGAGCCCCAGGGUAGCCCACAUUGGGUGGGGGGUGGAGGCUUAGGAUGCAACUGUUCUUCUGCUAUCCACACUGACUUCAACUGGCCAUGGAGGUAGAAGUAGAACCAGCACAAGAAAGUGCCUCUUAUUUUCAUGAUGUCCGGAAGGAUAUAAUGGUCAAUGGUAUUGAAAGCUGAUGAGAGGUCUAGGAGGGACGAAAUGCUUGUACAUCGUCUAUCCCAAACCCUCCGAAAGCAUGAGAAUUGCAACCGAUGCCCUUUUGGUGAUGUGCCCCGCCCUGAAGCGAGACUGAGAAGGGCCCAGGUGCCUUUCUCCUCCUGCACAGCCCUUUCUCCAGGUGGCCAAGUCAGAGCUGGAAGCAGAGGGUGAGUUGAAGUCCCAGGCUGCCAGCCUUUCCUUGCCCUCCUCAGCUGCACUUAACAAAAGAUCUUAAUCUGCAGCAGUGCCUUGAACUCCUCCGCCAGGAAAACCCCUCGUGAUUUUCUUAUGCAUAAGAAAGUGCUGCUGGAGGUAUAAAGCGGGCCAGGAUCCUGAUUGCCCAGUAGGGGGAAAUGACUUUUUCAGGCCGCUCCCGAGCUUGGAAAAGAAAUAGGGGUGGUUCUCAGGUUGCGACAACGAUUUCCACCACAAUUUCUAUUGCUGAUGUCACGUGACAUCACAUUAUACAAUGGCCACAUUAUUUAGUGAUGGGAAUCCUGGCCGUUCCAGUUCCCACGGCUAUUCCAGCACCCUGUGGGUCAUUAAGUGAGGACCUCAUCUGACUUGGAUGUGGGAAGAGGUAGGAGUUCCAGGCCAGCAGGUGAGAGUUAUGGGCAAGUGGGUGGUCUCCAGACCUGCGCCUUUCUGGGUCUGGGGGAGGAAGUACACCCAAAUGCUUCUCAUAUAAGAUCUUCUAUCUCAAGUUUCCUAUUUUCUGUAUGGUCUAUGUCUACUUUCAAAAGGCCUGUAUCACUAUAGCUCUUUUUUCUAUUCCUAACCUCUACAUUUCUUUAAUCCUAAUCCCCAUAUGUACCUAAUGUUAAACUCUCUCUCUCUCUCUUUCCCUCUCCCUCUGUGUCUCUCCCCAUCCUCUAUUUAGCUAGCUAACCCUGUUCUUUUGUGCAGAUGUGAGCAAUGUGGAAGGGAAACGUUGGUUUGGAUUUCUCUGAGGAAUAGACUUCUGGCCAGGAUCUGGGUUUUUUUUUUGUUUUGUUUUUAAUUUGCAUUUAUAUCCCGCCCUUCUCCGAAGACUCAGGGCGGCUUACACUAUGUCAAGCAAUAGUCUUUAUCCAUUUGUAUAUUAUAUACAAAGUCAACUUAUUGCCCCCAACAAUCUGGGUCCUCAUUUUACCUACCUUAUAAAGGAUGGAAGACUGAGUCAACCUCGGACCUGGUGGGACUUGAACCUGCAGUAAUUGCAGGCAGCUGCUGUUAAUAACAGACUGUCUUAGCAGUCUGAGCCACUCAAAGACCCUUUUAAGAAGAGUUUUCCUCUAGCUGAGGAGAUUCAAUUUCCAAACAGGAAUGUAUAUGACUUAAGAAGGAGGGAAGGCAUAAAUGACUGUUUUUUUUCCCAAUUUCUUGUUUAUUGCUGAUUUUCUAUGGGUUUUGUGCGUUUUGAUUGUUAAAUCUUUGAUUUAAAAAAUGAGUGUCGGGCAGAAACACUUAUGUGUGCACAUGCAUGCUGCCAUACUUUUUAAAACACUUUCAAACAUUUCUUUGAAAAGUAUAUUAGUGUUGUUCACCAAAUACAGUACAGACCAGUGGUCACCCACUGGUGGUCCGUGAGAAAAUUUUGGUGGUCUUCAGAAAAAUUAUUUACAUUUUUUAUAUUGCACUAAAUCAGGGUCUUCAAACUAUGGCCCCUGGGACAGAUAUGUGCAACAUUUGUGUUGCUGCAGGGAGUCUUCCCCUUCGGGGUCUUCUUGUGUAUGUCAGAGAGGGACAGAAAUUCUGACCUGGAGUCUGCUUUAGCCUCCUGGUGCAGGGCUUUGGGCAAUGGCUGGAGAGAAGUGCCACUGGUGGUGAAGAGACGGAGGACCUUGAGUUGCUUAGCUCCAACAACUGCUUCCUGUCGGGGCCCUAAGGAGCCCCGACAGGGAGACGAGGAGUGGCUGGGAGGGGAGGGUUGAGUCAUCCCUCGACAUGAGUGAAAUUGAGUUGGCCACACCCAGCCCAGUCACAUGGCCACCUAGCCACACCCAGCCAGCCGGUCAUUAGGAGAUCAUAUUAAUGGUCCGCGGGAUUUAAAAUUAUGAAUUUAGUGGUCUCUGAGGUCCAAAAGGUUGGUGACCCCUGGUAUAGACAGUCCCUUUUGGAGCUCCCUUUUUCUAGGCUCUGCUGUGUACAUGUCUCACUCACUUUGACUUAAUGCAGAUUUCUUUGCUAAGGAAAUGACACAUGCACCUGUCAUUUGGCAGAUUUAAAAUCUUAGACACAGCCCUGGCUGGGACUGAAGAUAAUUUCUUUGGAGCCUCUUGCCUGCUGGCGCUUCCAUGUCCGAAAUCCUUGGGAUCCACAGGAAAUCAGUAAUAAAGUUUGGGGAUUUAGAGAGGUUUUGACAGUGACUGAAAGUUGACUAAUAGAUUAACAGAGCUGGAAGGGACCUUAUAGGUCAUCUAGUCCAACCCCCCGCUCAAGCAGAAGACCCUACACCAUUUCUGACAAAUGGCAGUCGAGUCUUUUCUUGAAAGUCUCAAGUGAUGAAGCUCCCACAACUUCCAAAGGCAACUUCUGUUCCAUUGGUUGAUUGUUCUCACUGUCAGAAAGUUCCUCCUCAUUUCUAGGUUGAAUCUCUUCUUAGUCAGUUUCCAUCCAUUAUUCCUUGUUUGGCCUUCAGGUGCUUUGGAAAAUAGCUUGAUCCCCUCCUCUCUGUGGCAGCCCCUCAAAUAUUGGAAGAUGGCUAUCAUGUCUCCCCUUGUCCUUCUCUUCACUAAUAAAGCACAGGACAUUUUAGAUCACUUUUCUACAAAGUAGCUCCCUCCAAAUCUUUUGCCCAAACUGCCUGGGUACAUUCAGUGCUGGAAUCUUAACUCCUCUGGAAAUUGGGAAGGCUGCUCAGAGGAAUUCUGCCCUCUAGUGAGGUUUAGGCCCUGUAAGAAUGCAGAUGGAAAAAUAAAAAUGUCUAAAUGUGUUCAGAAGCAACGUGGGUGGGCGCUUCAAGGUUUUGUGCCUUAUUCCAUUCCAGGUAGUCCUCGAUUUACGAUCACAACUGAGCCCAAAAUUUCUCUCGUUAGUGAAACAUAAGUGAGUUUGCUCCAUUUUGCGACAUUUCUUGUCACAGUUAAGUGAAUCAAUGCGUUGUUAAAUUAAUCAAAAACUGUCAUUAAGUGAAUCUGGCUUCCCCACUGAUUUUGCUUGUCAGAAGGUAGUCCAGGACACUGCAACCGUCGUAAAUAUGAGUUAAUUGGCAAGCGACUGAAUUUUGAUUAUAGGAUCACGGGGAUGCUGCAACAGUUCGUAAGUGUGAAAACUGGUUAUAAGUCACUUUUUUCAGUGCUGUUGUAACUUCAGUCACUAAAUAAAGUGUUGUAAGUCAAGGAGUACCGAUAUUCUAUUAAUGGGAUGAAGCUGGCAAUCGUAUAAAGGACCUUUAUCAACUUUUAUGAUGCAGCACGUGGCUAAUCUUGUGAAGGUAAGUAAGGUCAGGCUUCACUCUUCAAGCUUCCCUCUGUCGCAAAGAUUGUUAUCCUGCACCCCGAAGAGGAAGAACUGGCUGGAAGGGAGCUCCACUGGUCUUCAAGGGAGAUGAGCUUUCUUGUUGCCUGAUGGGCCAUUUUAUUCCCUCCACGGAUGCUUUCUCUUGGUUUAACUCUUGGAGAUGCAGCUCCUGGCUCAGUUGCAGUGACGAUGUGGGCGGCCCUAGGAGACCCAACAGGACAGACUAGGGCUAGACGGUCCAGUAUAAAAGUUAUGGAUGUGGUUGCUAAGAGUGGAAAACGGCUCUUCAUCUUAAUCUUAGAAACGCCAGAUGAGACAGAAGGAGCGUAUUAUUCUUCCACUUAGAACUGUAUGACUGUAACUUUGUUGCUUGUAUCCUUAUGAUUUAUACUGAUAUUGUUUCCUGAUUGCUUAUUUGUACCCUAUGACUAUCAUUAAGUGUGGUAGGAUUCUUGGCGAAUGUAUGUUUUCUUUUAUGUACACAGAGAGCAUCUGCACCAAGACAAAUUCCUUGUGUGUCCAAUCACA